AUGAUUUCAAAUUGGAUAAAGAAAGAAGCACAAGCAAUUGAAAAUUUAGGAAUUCAAAUGCAAUACAAAUUUAAAGGAUCCCCAAAAGUCGUCAAAUUCGCCCAAUUGCUUUCCCUACAACUUGAGCAUCGUUCAACACAAAUCUCUUAUGGGGUUUUUGUUAUGGAUUGGAAAUUCUUCUUUGCAACUCUCUGUGUCGUUUUCAGUGAUAUUUUAGUUUUAUUUGGGUAA